GGAGAGGACCUGUAGCUACAGUGAAAUUCUGAUGUGGUCACGCCUGCAAACAAAGCAAUAACGUCAACUAAAGAGUGCCAGCCUGCCAAUGUGCUGAUGUCACGUGCUAACUUCAGAAAUAAUUUUCGUUGCUUAUGAUCUACGAAGCUCCUGCCUUUUAAAGAUCGAAUCAGCAUCCGAUCAUUCAUUUUCCAGCACUAUUAGGAGAAAAUGGAUUCGGAUUCCUCGAUAACUCUAGCCUGCAGCAAGAGGCUAGAAGGAAAGGUUGCACUUAUAACUGGUGGUGCUAGUGGCAUAGGCGAGUGCACUGCAAAGCUGUUUGUUCUACAUGGAGCAAAGGUUGUCAUUGCGGAUAUUCAAGAUGACCUUGGUGAAAUGGUAAGCAAAAACCUCGGUUCUCAAGAGACCAUCUCUUACAUCCAUUGUGAUGUAACAUGUGAUUCUGAUGUCAAAAAAGCUGUCGACAUGGCCGUCUCCAAGUAUGGAAAGCUUGACAUCAUGUUCAACAAUGCAGGGGUAAUAGGAACCUGUAAGGCUCCGAGGAUAUUAGAUGUAGAAAACGAAGAGUUCAAGAGAGUGCUUGAUGUCAAUUUGUUUGGUGCAUUCUUGGGUGCUAAGCAUGCUGCUAGGGUCAUGAUACCUGCCAAGAAAGGGUGUAUUCUGUUCACUGGAAGUGUGAUUACAGCAACCUGUACAGGCGCAACUCCGCACCCUUAUUUUGCAUCGAAGCACGCCGUGGUAGGGCUUGCCAAGAACUUAGCUGUGGAGUUGGGAGGGCACGGGAUUAGGGUCAAUUGCAUCUCUCCUUUUGCGACAGCAACCCCAUUGAUCACAGAAUCUAUGGGUAUCGAGAAGAGGAAGAUAGAGGAGUUCAUUUCCUCAUCAUCAGCCAUCUUGAAAGAGGUGUUAUUGGAACCAGAAGAUAUUGCAAACGCAGCAGUCUAUCUGGCAAGCGAUGAAUCUAAGUAUGUUAGUGGGAUUAAUUUGGUGAUUGAUGGAGGCUAUAGUUUGAUAAAUCCAACACUGCCAUCGGCAGUGAAAAGCCUACUUUCUUGAGCCGGAGAGUGCUAGUAAUUAUAUAUAUAUAUACAUGAUAAUUUCACAUUGUUGCUGGUCAGUCUCGAGUUUGAGUUAGUUUUAUUUCCAUUACCCUCUUGUUUCUUUCGACAUUAUGAUUUAUAAAGUAUCCAAAUGUGUCCCAGAAUUAAAAUCUAAGAGUUCUGUCAUCUUUUAU